AGAAGCUGCAGCCGCGGCUGCAGCGCCCUGCACGGAAAGGCUUGAGGCGGCUCCUGGUGUCGCCCAGAGAGAGCGACUGAGCGAGCAGAGUCCGACGAGGGCGGCGGCGGGCGGAUAGCGAGGGGGAGCCCGCUACGAGUGCCCUCGCUCCGCGCCGCUCUCCGAUGAACCAGGCGCAAUAAGCCGCGCCUCUAACAGGGGCUGCGCCUCCAUGAAUCCCUAGUUUUUUGUUUUGUUUUGUUUUUUCUUUCUCUCCCCGCUCCUCACCCCCAUCCCGAAUCCCGUCCCGCCUUCACCCUGAGGCGGCCGCAUUCAGGUGCGGAGUCCAGAGCCGAGCGCAAUGGCGUCCAACCCCGAGCGGGGAGAGAUUCUGCUUACGGAGUUACAGGGGGAUUCCCGAAGUCUUUCAUUUUCUGAGAAUGUGAAUGCUGCUCAAAAAUUAGACUUUUCAGACACGAUGGUGCAACAGAAAUUGGAUGAUAUCAAGGAUCGAAUCAAGAGAGAAAUAAGGAAAGAACUGAAAAUCAAAGAAGGAGCUGAAAAUUUGAGGAAAGUGACAACAGAUAAAAAAAGCUUGGCUUAUGUAGACAACAUUUUGAAAAAAUCGAAUAAAAAACUAGAAGAGUUGCAUCACAAGCUACAGGAACUAAAUGCACAUAUUGUUGUAUCAGAUCCAGAAGAUGUUACAGAUUGCCCAAGGACUCCAGAUACUCCGAAUAGUGACCCUCGUUGUUCUACUAGCAAUAAUAGAUUGAUGGCCUUACAAAAACAAUUGGAUAUAGAACUUAAAGUAAAACAAGGUGCAGAGAACAUGAUACAAAUGUAUUCAAAUGGAUCUUCGAAGGAUCGGAAACUCCAUGGUACAGCUCAACAGCUGCUGCAGGACAGCAAGACAAAAAUAGAAGUCAUAAGGAUGCAGAUCCUUCAGGCAGUCCAAACCAAUGAAUUGGCUUUUGAUAAUGCAAAACCUGUGAUAAGUCCUCUUGAACUUCGGAUGGAAGAAUUAAGGCAUCAUUUUAGGAUAGAGUUUGCAGUAGCAGAAGGUGCAAAGAAUGUGAUGAAAUUACUUGGCUCGGGAAAAGUAACAGACAGAAAAGCACUUUCAGAAGCUCAAGCAAGAUUUAAUGAAUCAAGUCAGAAGUUGGACCUUUUAAAGUAUUCAUUAGAGCAAAGAUUAAAUGAACUUCCCAAGAAUCAUCCCAAAAGCAGUAUUAUUAUUGAGGAACUUUCCCUCGUUGCCUCACCAACACUAAGUCCACGUCAGAGUAUGAUAUCUACACAAAACCAAUAUAGUACAUUGUCCAAACCAGCAGCAUUAACAGGUACUUUGGAAGUUCGUCUUAUGGGCUGCCAAGAUAUCCUAGAAAAUGUUCCUGGACGGUCAAAAGCGACAUCAGUUGCACUACCUGGUUGGAGCCCAAGUGAAACUAGAUCGUCAUUCAUGAGUAGAACAAGUAAAAGUAAAAGUGGAAGUAGUCGAAAUCUCCUAAAAGCCGAUGACUUGUCCAAUGAUGUCUGUGCUGUUUUGAAGCUAGAUAAUACUGUGGUUGGUCAAACUAGCUGGAAACCCAUUUCCAAUCAGUCAUGGGACCAGAAGUUUACACUGGAACUGGACAGGUCACGUGAAUUGGAAAUUUCAGUUUAUUGGCGUGAUUGGCGAUCUCUGUGUGCUGUAAAAUUUCUGAGGUUAGAAGAUUUUUUAGACAACCAACGCCAUGGCAUGUGUCUCUAUUUGGAACCACAGGGUACUUUAUUUGCAGAGGUUACCUUUUUUAAUCCUGUUAUUGAAAGAAGACCAAAACUCCAAAGGCAAAAGAAAAUUUUUUCAAAACAACAAGGCAAAACAUUUCUCAGAGCUCCUCAAAUGAAUAUUAAUAUUGCCACUUGGGGAAGGCUUGUGAGAAGAGCUAUUCCUACAGUAAAUCAUUCUGGCACCUUCAGCCCUCAAGCUCCUGUACCUGCUACAGUGCCAGUGGCUGAUGUACGCAUCCCUGAACUAGCACCUCCAGCUAGUGAUUCUACAGUAACCAAAUUGGACUUUGAUCUCGAACCUGAGCCUCCUCCAGCCCCACCACGUGCUUCUUCCCUUGGAGAAAUAGAUGAACCUCCUGAAUUAAGAGUUUUGGAUACGCCAGGACAGGAUUCAGAAACUGCUUUUGAUAUUGAGAAUGACAGAAAUCGUGUACUUCCAAUAUCCCAAUCUGAAUAUGAGACUGAGAUUCCUCAAUCAGGCCUAGAGUAUAGUAGUAUUCAAGAACUUGAGGAUAGAAGAUCUCAGCAGAGGUUUCAGUUUAAUCUACAGGACUUCAGGUGUUGUGCUGUCUUGGGCAGAGGACAUUUUGGAAAGGUACUUUUGGCUGAAUAUAAACACACAAAUGAGAUGUUUGCUAUAAAAGCCCUGAAGAAAGGAGACAUCGUGGCUCGAGAUGAGGUAGACAGCCUAAUGUGUGAAAAAAGAAUUUUUGAAACUGUGAAUAGUGUAAGGCAUCCCUUUUUGGUGAACCUUUUUGCAUGCUUCCAAACAAAAGAGCAUGUUUGCUUUGUAAUGGAAUAUGCUGCCGGUGGGGACCUAAUGAUGCACAUUCAUACUGAUGUCUUUUCUGAACCGAGAGCUGUAUUUUAUGCUGCAUGUGUAGUUCUUGGGUUGCAGUAUUUACAUGAACACAAAAUUGUUUAUAGAGAUUUGAAAUUGGAUAACUUAUUGCUAGAUACAGAGGGCUUUGUGAAAAUUGCUGAUUUUGGUCUUUGCAAAGAAGGAAUGGGAUAUGGGGAUAGAACAAGCACAUUUUGUGGCACCCCUGAAUUUCUUGCCCCAGAAGUAUUAACAGAAACUUCCUAUACAAGAGCUGUAGAUUGGUGGGGCCUUGGUGUACUUAUAUAUGAAAUGCUUGUUGGUGAGUCUCCUUUUCCUGGUGAUGAUGAAGAGGAGGUUUUUGACAGUAUUGUAAAUGAUGAAGUGAGGUAUCCAAGGUUCUUAUCUACAGAAGCCAUUUCAAUAAUGAGAAGGCUGUUAAGAAGAAAUCCUGAGCGACGCCUGGGAGCUGGUGAGAAAGAUGCAGAAGAUGUGAAAAAGCACCCAUUUUACCGGCUAAUUGAUUGGAGUGCUCUGAUGGACAAAAAAGUAAAGCCACCAUUUGUACCUACCAUUAGAGGACGGGAAGAUGUUAGUAAUUUUGAUGAUGAAUUUACCUCAGAAGCACCUAUUCUGACUCCACCUCGAGAACCAAGGAUACUUUCAGAAGAGGAGCAAGAAAUGUUCACUGAUUUUGACUACAUUGCUGAUUGGUGUUAAGUUACUAAACACUGUGAAACCAAGCAGACUGACUCACAAGAAGACCUCUUAAGAAGAGCAAAUCUUAUUCGCUUUCUGUGCCAUCCAUAACUUCAGAGGCUUUUUGUUUUUUGUUUAACACAUGAAGAUUUGCUUAAAAGUACUAUCAUAAUAUCUUCUCCAAAAGUGGCUUCUCAAUGUAUUUUCAUUGUAAAUCUGAGCACUGGAAACCACGUCAUGGAGUUUAAACUGCAUGAACAUCGGCCAUGAAAAGGUCUAUCAUGAAUACUUUUGAAUCAAUAGUCUAUUUUUUAAAAAAGAAAGAAAAACACUCUUCUACAGUACCUAGCUUUGCCAUAUGUCUGCCUUAAGUGGAAGAAAGAUUAAUCAGUUAACUCACUUAGCUGUGUUUUACAAAAAGAAAAAAAGGGCUUGGAAUGCUAAUACUAUUCACGUGUGAUUUUGUUUGAAUAAGGCAAAUGCUCUUAUUUUUUUAAAGAAAUUAUGUUAAAAUCAAAAAAUGUAGUUGCAGUUUGAGCACAUUUUGGGCUUGAUUUUUUAAAAAAAACAAUGAAUUGAUGCCUUGUUUUAUAAAUUUUCUAUAUUUAUUAAGGAGAAAAUGUUUUUAUUGCCUUAUCUUUACCAACCAUGUAACAGAUCCUCAUAGCUGACCAACAGAGCUACUUGCCAAACAAUUUUUUGUUUAUAAUAAUUCAGAGACAAGCAGAAACAACUAAACAUCAGCAUUGACUUAAACUUUUAAAAACAAAAACUUUUGAUCACCUGAACCAAGAUGUUAUAUUACCUGUAUGCAUUCCCAAAGACUAGAUGCUCAUGUAUGUUCAGUUAUGUCUUCUUCCAAAAUCAGUGAACUGAUUACCCCCUUUUGAUAUUUGUUCUACACUUAUCAACUUAGUUCAUCUUGUUCUUGUGUCUGCUGUAGAAGGUAACUAUAUCUUUGUUAAACCAUAGGGACUGUCAUUGUAUACAUGCUGUGAACAUGUAUAUGUGCAAGUUGUAAUGUAUUCUGUGUUGUAGGCUUAUUAUUUAAUUUCACCACUUCAUCACUUUUGUACAGUGGCCAAGCAGACACCUCAGACUCCAGCAUUUACGUGAAGUGCAUUUGUACAUUUAGGCCACUGGAUCCAGAUUUUAUAUUGGCAGUUUCUGAGGGUAAAAGCAAUAUAUUGUAACAGAAUGUAUAAAUAUUUUUGAUAAAACAGUCUAUAUUUUAUAAAAUUAUUAUAACACUAAAACUGUACCUCAAAAGUCUUACAAAUAAUUUGAUCAAAUUGUGUUUUAGAACUCUUUGGAGGGACUAUUUGUGGCUUUUAAAAAUACUCUUAAAGGAAAGUCUUUUGCCAACUAUGUCUUUCCACUUGCUGUGAGGUGUUUGUUUCCCCCCUCUAGUCCAAGACUUCACUAUUUUUCCUUAGUAACAUCUUUGAUCCUGUGCUUAGCAUGUUAGGGUCAUCAUACCUCAGGAAUACCAACUUGUUAACUAACCAUUUUGAAUUAAUCAUUUAAUCACACUGAGCUCAUCUCUUAAAAAUUGUUCAAGUUUAUAUCCUAUGAGAAACAUGAAAGCACACUUAUUUUAGAGAGUUGAGUGAAAACGUUUAUCAAUAUUUUAGCUUUGCCAGAGUAUAUUGUUGUGUUUUGUUGUACUCCGAAAAACAAUUCAAAUUGUUCAAAGAUAAUUCGUAGUACCUCUGAAACUGAUUAUUACCCAAGAUCCUAGAGGAAAAAUCUUGUAGAAAGAGUGAGCAAUAUACUAUGUAAAGUUACUUUAAAAUUCCAAUUAACUUCCUUGAAAAAGGACAAUAGAAGAACUUAGCUUAAUUGUCUGUUUUUAACUUAAACAGUGUUAACAACAACAUUUUUUUAAAAACACUAAAUACUUUUGAGGUACAGUCUGCUCACCUUUUUUGGUUCUAAAUUGCAUACAAAGCAAUGUCUAAAAUAGGCUUUUAGCAUUAAAAACUGACACAGCAUUUUGUAACUACACAGUGUACAGAAUUUUUUUUAAUUGAAGUCAAUCACUAAAAAAAUUAGAGGGCAGGGUAUAUUCACACAAUUAAGCUGAAGAAAGCACUAAUUUUCCUGUAGUUUUUAAAAUAUAUAUAUAUAUUUUAGUCAGAUUUAAAACUUUAAACUAGAGUGUAAAUAUAUUUUGCUGUUACUGUAUGUGUAAGUGACUGCUCAAGCACUUUGUAAGGAAAUUAGGAUAUUUUGGAAUGGUACACUAUGCAUUCAAAUGAAAUGUGCCUUUAACUAUGUCAUUCUAAAAAAAAAAGUGUUUUUUUGCAGUCAUAAAUUUACCACAAAUGCACAAAUUAAAGUUUAAACAGAU